AUGGACGAGAAUGAGGAGGACGACAAGGAAGGUGUGGACGAGGACGAUGAGGACGACGAGGAAGCCGUGGACGAGGAUGACGAGGACGAUGAGGAAGGCUUGGACGAGAGUGACGAGGACGUCGAGGAAGGCUUGGACGAGGAUGACGAGGACGGCGAGGAAGGCGUGGACGAGGACGGCGAGGAAGGCUUGGACGAGGAUGACGAGGACGUCGAGGAAGGCUUGGAUGAGGAUGACUUGGACGACGAGGAAGAUGAGGCGUAUGUGGAGUCCAACCGGCGCUUCCUCCGGGAAGAACAGGCGAAGACCGAUGUGCUCUUCGACGAGCUGGAUGCGGAGCAGGAGGCGGAGGCCAACGACGUCGAUGUCAGAAUGGAGAUAGUGGACAUCUUCGACGACGGGGAGUAG